CUUGGUGCCUUAGGUAUAAGUGAGCUGUUUAGAUUUCGUCGUUUACUUUAUCUCGACUUAUAAAACAUCCGGGAUUAUCCACUACAGCAUCACUAAGUUGACGAUGAGAUCUAGUUCCGUUACAGAGGCCUUCCCUAAAAUAGGUUAUCAUGGCCAUGAGAAAGUUAUGGCACAAGCUCUGGUGCUAGAUCGUGUAAUGGAAGGCCAACCGUUAGUAUCUCGAAGCAGACUACUUCAACUACCAUCCGAUAUCUUAACUGACAUAGUCAAUCUAUUAAUUGGCGACAAGUCAACUCUGGCCUCUUUAGCUCAAGUCAAUAGCGACUGCAGACAGUUGGCUCGUUCGAGCCAGUUUGCCGAGAUCAACUUCAAGUACGCCAACUCCCGAGGGCAGCAGUUACUAUCGAAGCUUGACCAAGAGCGUAUAUUUAGAAGGGAUAAUAGUAAACAAGGCCCAACCAUCGGGGCUUGCGUGCGGAGGAUCAUAACGGCUUCAUACCCAGACUUUGUAAUUUGCUUCAUGAGAAGGGAAACCUCGGCACAACGUGAAGAGCAAGCUCACCAACAAUACAAGUUGAUACGUGCCGAUGUUCAAAGAGUUAUCUGCUCUGCUCUGCCUAACCUUGAGGUUAUUGUUUGGUAUGAUGCAUAUCCCAUGGAAAUUUCAUUUUUUAAGCACAUAAUGGAAUCACCGGCCCAUCAUCUCUGGCUCAGACGAAUGCCCAUCGAGAGACAAACCAUGGUUACAUUUUUAGAGCAACCUCCUAUACCGUCUAUUUGGCCAUUACGCUCCCUUGUCAUCUCUAUGUAUUUAGAGCUUCUGCCACGAGAACCAUCGCGAGAGGAGACACACUUCGAGCUUGCGCCGGCUCGGUUUUUCGAUUUACUUCUUCGAUCGUGUGCACCUACUCUCGAAUCCCUAACCUGGCUUCUGAGAAAUAAAUCUAUUAACGGAAAGCUUAUCCCGCAAAGCUCUAGCGACAAGCCCGUAUCGUUUCCUCAUCUCCAUUUGCUAAGGAUUGGUGACUUGGGGCCCCCUCGUUCUAUACUUCCAUCGUUAUUCAACGCUCCCCUUAGGCACCUCUCAAUACAUCUACAGCCUGAUUUUGAGCUUCGCGAUAUUCUCGCUAAUUGCGGUACUUUCUGGCAUCUCGAGACGUUGGUCGUCCAUCCUCUCCCUGAAUCCAAGGAAUACGCAAAAUUCAUGGCGGGUUUUAUUGCAAGGCACGAAACGGUAAAGAAGCUAUACGUAUCAGAACACCCGCAGGCGCGUGGUGCAACGGCGCACCUUGACGCGUGUGUCAUCCCGCUGUUCUCUACGGGAAGAUUUGAGCAUCUUAGGACUCUCUCCUUGACAUGGGGUGGAAGCGACUAUUCACAACCGGAUCAGUAUACCGUUUCCGUGCCAGUAGCCUCACUGGCGGCUAUUGCGUGUCUCGCGUCUCUUGAGGAGCUAAGCCUCGGUGCGGGAACCGAAGGUGGAGCGUAUUGUCAUUGGCUGGUUGAUCACGACCAGUUACGCGAUAUCUUCUUCAAGCUGAAGAAGUUAAAGGGGCUUGCUCUCUACCAUGAUACAUACCCCUGGGAAGUUCUCUCCUCUUCCGAAAAUGGCGAAAGAUAUUAUGGCGCCCAGUCGUUUACCGAGGACGAAAUGUCCGACAUGUUGGCUAGACUCGAUCUUGAGGAAACCCCGGGGAGUCUGACCCGUCUCUUGAAUAGAAAAAGCCCCGAGAGGGGGGUUUUAUUGUGGGAGGUCCUUCAUCGCAACCGGAUGCUCAAGCAGACCGAGGCCUGGGCCGCCGCGUUUCCUAGCCUGGAGUGGACUUACUUCGGUCAAUGGUUUAUGGGCGUCAAGGAGGAGCCGGGGGAUCCGACUCGGAAGAAGGUGGUGCCGCUGACGGAGACGAGAGACGAGCAUUGCCAUUGCCAGUUCCUCGUAGAUACGUUCACUAUAGCGGGCUUUGAGACGUGAUUUUUACCAUGCACGUGCGUAGCUGGGUAUAGGAGGUAACAAGACUACUCGUCGCCGUAUAAAGUUAGAGGGCGUUAGAUAUUGUCUUUCGAAACCGCCGUAGCUCACGAUAAGAAUAGAAGAAGGGAAGUGGAUGAAUAUACUGU